ACCGCGCUGCACGUGCUGACGCUCGUCGGGAGAGCGGUGUGCGCAUGCGCGGCGCUGACAGCCGCACUCGACCUGAUCCGCAGAGUGUGUUAAUAAUGGCCUGGAAAUCCGGAGGAGCGAGCCACGCGGAGCUCGUCAACAACCUCCGCAAAAAUGGCAUCAUUAAAUCGGACCGUGUGUAUGAAGUUAUGUUGGCCACAGACCGUGCACACUUCUCCAAAUGUAAUCCAUACAUGGACUCGCCACAAUCUAUAGGUUACCAAGCAACAAUCAGUGCACCGCAUAUGCACGCGUAUGCUCUGGAGCUCCUCCAUGAUCAUCUGUAUGAAGGAGCGAAGGCUCUGGAUGUGGGAUCAGGCUCCGGGAUCCUGUCCGUCUGCUUCGCCAGAAUGGUUGGGCCGAAGGGGAAGGUGAUUGGCAUCGAUCAUAUAAAGGAGCUUGUGGAUGAUUCCAUAACUAAUGUCAAAAAAGAUGACCCUAGUUUGAUCUCUUCAGGGAGAAUCAAUCUCAUUGUUGGAGAUGGAAGAAUGGGCUUUACAGAAGAAGCACCUUAUGAUGCCAUUCAUGUCGGAGCCGCAGCUCCCACGGUGCCACAAGCAUUGCUGGACCAGCUGAAGCCAGGGGGGCGUCUGAUUCUGCCGGUCGGGCCAGCGGGAGGGAACCAGAUGCUGGAGCAGUAUGACAAAUUGGAGGAUGGCAGUACCAAAAUGAAGCCACUGAUGGGCGUGAUUUACGUGCCUUUAACAGACAAAGACAAGCAGUGGUCAAGGUGGAAGUGACUUCCUGUCCUCUGUCCCUUCUCUCUUCUAGGGCACAGGGAUGAACUUUGAAAGGAUGCUCUGGCAAUACUCAUCGCAACAUAUGCGCGUACACACACACACACACACACACACACACAUAUCCAACUGGACUUCACUGGGGAUAGCUUGUAAAUGCUGUAUUUCCAUACCUGUGACAGUGAUGGUUUUGAAAGAUGGAUGUUUUGAUGAGAUUCUUUUAUUUUAAAAGAAAAGAAGUGGACUAGGGCUUUUCUGCUGAGAUUUUCAUGCCUGCAGUUUGAGAAUUGUGUGAAUGCUGUUUUUUUUUUGUUUUUUUUUUAUGCGCAGGUGCAUUUUCCUUGUGAAGACUUCAGUAUUACAGUCAUUUGGAUUGUUCGUGCAUCUCAGCAUAAUGCAAACAACACGGGGGUCGGCCUUUGUGCUGAAUCCACCCUGUGAUUAAAUCAUAAUUCACUGCUACAUAAUGUGUAGGGGAUGUCUUUGCUACAAGUCCAUGUUAAUAGUAAUGGCUUGUGUUUUCAGCUGAAGCAUGUGAUGCCCUGGCAUAAUAAAACUACUUUACAUUUCAUAAUUCCAUCAUAGGAUUCUAAAGUUAGCCACAAGAGGCCAUGUGUUACAGUGAUUUUACCACGGUUGUGGGAUGUUCUUUGGUUUGAUGCAGAGGAAACCUCUUUAACCAUCAUAAAAUCAGUUGGUCAUUAUAGCAAAACUCUCAACACUAAGCAGAACUGUUAUUCCUGGAUGCUUGCCAACCAAAUAAAUGGACAUGACUUAUUGAAAAGUUGAAAGUAUUUUAAUAUGUGAGAAGAAAGUGCAGAAUAAUAUAAUUUUUUUUAUUUCAUUUUUUUAUACAAGAUUCUUUUUUUUCUAGUUAGUGUCAUUACAAAAAUAUGUAAUAACCACAGUACGCUGCCAUUAACCAAUCAAAAUCAGGUGUUCCAGAGAACAAAGUCUAAUCAUUGUUUUUACAGAGGCUGCGACUGCAAUAUGAUAAAAGAUUCCAAAAUUCACUAAAUAACUUCUUUUAUUAAUAUGAAUAGUUAUAACAAUGUAAUAAUUGCAAAAAAUUAUCCUGGCAAGUAAAACAUUGUCUAUAACUUAAGGCUGUUUAUAGAUAGUGUUCUGCGGUGGGUAUUUUACAACGCGUAUCCAAUCAGACUCUACAGUUUGAACUACUGUUUACAUGUAAACAUUAACAUUUUAAAAAUCUAAUCUAGAAUACUAAAAUAGUUUUUUCUUGAUUCACUCAUGUUGUUCCAACCCAGUAUUAUUUUCUCUGUUCUGUGAAACACUACAGAUGCUUCUCCACAUGAUAACGUUGGAUGUUUUACAUUGUCAACCUGUUUCAACUACGUUUGUGUUAAAUUCAAAAUCGCCACCUUUAGAUUUGACGUUGUGGACCCCUAAUGGGACUGGUUCUGUGUUCUUUGAGAGUAUGACAAACGUGAGGUUUGAGAACUUCUGUGGAAGGGAAGAUUCAGUCUUCAAAUGUGGAUUAGACAGAUUGCACGAGUUGUAUGGAUGGCCUAAUUUUAUGGAACUUUUGUGUCCUUAGUGCUUGACAGCAAAAAUCCUCAUCCACUUUAUAUGGAAAGACCUAUCUUGAACAUUUUGCUUAUUUCACAAAAGAGAGAAUAGUACAGGUUUGGAAUGAUAUGAGCAGAGUUGGCUCACGUUUAGAGCACAAGUGCAGCAAUAUUACUGCUCACUUUAAUAUGUUUCACAUCACCGCAGAGCUCAAAAUCAGCUAUAUUAUCUAAAGUGCAGCAAGUAAAGUCCCACUCAGAUCCACAUUUGCAUACACAUCGUUGAGCUAAACCUUCAAUGAUCAUUUUGAUUGUAAGCGGUUUUCAAUGCCAAUUCUCUGUGCAUGUUUGUGUGUUUCCUGCACGCACAAACGUGGCUUUUGACAAAUAAACUCACUGCUAAGCAAUGA